UGUGUCGUUUGCAGGUAAUAAUGUGAGAUCCACGCAUUCCUGUAGCCCCCCUCGUAGCCCCCUGUAGCCAUCACCUCGAAAACUACAUAUCAGCAGGUAGUGGCCGCAGUCAUAUGAUCGCCGCACCGGCGGGAUGGGCGGUCGUGGAGGGGGCGUGGCUCCUUUGUGUUCUGCAGACGUAGACGCCAAUGUCGUUAAAUGAGCAAAGCUUCCAGCCGCAGAGAUCCAUGCACAGGGGGCACUCAACCAAGUGAACUGCAAACCAAUUAUGAGUAUUCCAACAAUCACUUGAUCUUAAGAUAGGCGAAAUACUUUAAUACCAGCAAACACGUGUUAAUUCACAGUAUCAGUCAUGUGAUACGACCAAUAAUCGAUUAUGUGAAGAUCAGAGUAGUUUCCCCCACCGAAGCUCCACUGUAUCCUCUCGUUUGUGUGCAAUCGCGGCAAAGUUAAAGCAAAAAUCGAGUUACAUAUGCGCCGUGGCCCUGCGGGAGUCAUUCCGGUGGGACCAAGGGGCUUUCGGGGGGGAUGCGAACACCCAUGGGCUGUGCUGUGCACUUCGAGUGUGUUUUUGUAAGGUUCGCGGCAAACAAAUGAAGGACAGCCCAGUGUAACGGGGCCAUAUCAUUCACACCGCUUGGGAGCCGAGCAAACGUAAAUGAUUUGUGGAGCAAGCACCGCCGAAGACCAAAUGAGCUACGGUUUCAUUCCGCUGAAUUCCUUUGGCCAGCUUUUGUUGUUGCUGCAGGAAGAGCCGAGAGGAUCAUCUUUAUGGAAAACAACCAGCACAAAACGACAAGAAGGACGCAGAAAUCAUAAAGUGGUUUUGAACAAGUUAAAAAAGCGCAUAGGGGAAAAGAAGGAAAAAGCUCAGAACCAAUCUCAUUCAUAG